AUGAACGCCACAGACUUUCAUGGAUUGAUCCAAGGCUACCUGAACAGGAACCAAACCUCGGGGACUUCACCACUGAACAAAGACUUACCUCCUGACAACAAGGACUCUUCUGCAGGAUGUUACGAACAGCUGCUGAUUUCCACAGAGGUUUUCCUCACUCUGGGAAUUGUCAGCCUGCUGGAGAACAUCAUGGUGGUCGCUGCUAUUGUCAAAAACAAGAACCUUCACUCACCCAUGUACUUUUUUAUCUGCAGCCUCGCUGUUGCUGAUAUGCUUGUGAGCGUCUCCAACGCCUCUGAGACUAUUGUGAUUGCGCUCAUAAAUGGAGGCAACCUGACAAUCCCUGUGAAGUUGAUCAAAAGCAUGGACAAUGUGUUUGACUCGAUGAUCUGCAGCUCUCUGCUAGCCUCCAUCUGCAGCUUGCUAGCUAUUGCUGUUGAUCGUUACAUCACUAUCUUUUACGCACUUCGGUAUCACAACAUCGUGACUUUGCGCAGAGCGAUGCUGGUCAUCAGCAGCAUCUGGACGUGCUGCAUCGUCUCCGGCAUCCUCUUCAUUAUCUACUCAGAGAGCACCACCGUGCUAAUCUGCCUCAUCACCAUGUUUUUCACCAUGCUGGUGCUCAUGGCGUCGCUCUACGUACACAUGUUCCUGCUGGCACGUCUACACAUGAAGCGCAUCGCAGCUCUGCCGGGCAACGCUCCAAUCCACCAGCGAGCCAACAUGAAGGGCGCCAUCACCCUCACCAUCCUUCUCGGGGUGUUCGUGGUGUGCUGGGCGCCGUUUUUCCUCCACCUCAUCCUCAUGAUCACCUGCCCCAGGAACCCCUACUGCACCUGCUUCAUGUCGCACUUCAACAUGUACCUCAUCCUCAUCAUGUGCAACUCCGUCAUCGACCCCAUCAUCUACGCUUUCCGCAGUCAGGAGAUGAGGAAAACCUUCAAGGAGAUCUUCUGCUGCUCACAUGCGUUUUUGUGCGUGUGA